AGCUUGAAACCAAUUGUGCAAGAAAUGUCUCCUGACUUUUAUCGAUAAACCUGACUCAGUCGUUUUAUUGCUUCUUCGAUGUAUGAAGAAGGGAAAUUAUACCUCUUGUUCAUGUCAAACCUCGCUCAACCUCUGGACGAUGGUAUCGGGUGGUAAGAUCAAGAAAGUCGAUACACUAUGCCUGUCCAACGUAGUACAUGGGAACUCGAAGUCGCAGAAGCUCAAUUUGGCUUCAUACCCAACUCACAAGACACAGCAGCAUGGCGUAUGUGCCGACGCUACUGCGUUCAUGAAGGCGGCCUCCCCCAACUAUGGCGGCUAGUUCACUACUCCCGUGUACCUCCCAAAGGCAAGUCCCUCCACCAAUAUACACCACAUUCACACCAAAAUUAUCCGAGUGAGGGCGUAGUGGUUGACCGACGUCCUGGUCCUCCGCAGCUACAUGAUGACGAAUCCCCAGGCCAGAUCACCUUGUUUGCUCAGGUUCGCGCGUUGGAGCUGGUUCCUCGGCUUGCGCCGGGGUUGGAAGCUCCAUAUGUCAUUACUGCAUUCCGGUGGAUCAAUCUGACUCUGCUACGGGUGGUGACCAAUUAUGGAGAUAAGAAGUUGACCACAUCUCAUUUGCUGGUCUACUAG